GUCCGAAUCAACCAUAUUCCGAUUUUGGUUAUAAUAUUCCGAUUUUGAUGUGAAGGCUGCAAGAUGUCGAACGCAGUGAUCGUAACAGCUUUGGGCGGUAUCGGAGCGACGUAUAUCUUCUUUUGGGCGCUCUUGUACCUCACCCAAGACAGCAAGGAGCCUCCUAUAGUUUCCAGCUCAAUUCCCUUCAUAAGUCCCAUACUUGGCAUGAUACGAUGGAGUAUGGACUUCUACCCACAUAUGAGAAAGCGGCAUUCAAACUUGCCUAUCUACACUCUUAGAAUCCCCGGAGUCCGCAUCUACGUAAUCAAUUCAUUGGAUCUAAUUCCUGUUGUACAACGACAAUGGCGCACGCUCAUAUUCGCGCCCAUUUCAGUCAAAGCAGUACAGGCUGCCAUGGGCGCAAGCAAAGAGGCCGUUGCCGUCCUUGAACACGAUCUAGUGACCGAGCACGGGUUUGUCAACGGCAUGGCGAAGGCCACUCAUUCCACCAUGAGUAAGGGCUCAGCACUGGACGGUUUGAGUAGCAAAACUUUCGAAGCCUUCGAUGAAGCUUUGAAUCGCUUCGCAGUUCCGACGACCGUCAAUAUGUAUGAGUGGGUUGGGAAGCAGAUCAUGCGUGCUACUACGGAUGCGGUGUAUGGACCAGCGAACCCGAUGCGAGAUGCCCAAAAUCUUAAGGCUUGGCAUAAGACUUCAUUGACUGACAUUUCCCACCAGCAAAUAUCACCAGCGCUCAUGUUCAUGAUGCUAGACAUUCUACCACAGAACCUAUUUUUCAAAGCCGCGGUACAGGCCCGUGAAAAGCUCGUCAAGAGCUUUGCAAAAUACUACGCCGAUGGCAGCUAUAAGCAAGGAUCGUCCUACAUCCAACAAUUCGUACAGCACUGCAUCGAACAGAAAAUACCCCAACAAGAUAUCCCGAGAUUUCUACUCGGCACCGUCUUUAACAACGUCGCCAACACCAUCCUCACCGCCUUCUGGGUGGUAUUCCGCAUCUUCAGCGACCCCAUCGUCCUAGAAGAUUGCAGAAAUGAAGUCCUCCAAGCCGUUCAGGACCAAGAUGGGAUCUCGACAAUCGACCUAAGUUUUAUCCUCAACUCAUGUCCAGUCCUGCUUUCCACCUACCACGAAGUCUUCCGCUACCACGGAAUGGCAAACUCAGUCCGCGUCGUCUCAGAAGACCAUAUGCUAGAUAAUAAAUACCUACUCAAGAAAGGCAACCUAAUCAUGAUGUCGGCCCGGGCCCAGCACAGCAACUCAGCUAUAUGGGGGGAGAACGUUGACGAAUUCUACCACAAGCGUUUCCUCAAAAAUGGAAAGCGCUUCAGCCCAGUCGCCUUCCGCGGAUUUGGUGGAGGUACGACGUUGUGUCCCGGACGCCAUUUCGCUACGAGCGAGAUCUUGCUGCUAGCUACUUCUUUGCUGUUGCGUUUUGAUGUCCGGCCGACGAAAGGUAUCUGGGUAAAACCGUCAACUGCCAAGUCCUCUCAAGCUGAGGCUAUGGAGCAGCCUGAUGAUGAUAUUGAGGUUGAAUUCGUUCCCAGCUCUGGAGCAAGGGACAAAAAGUGGUGUGUUGCUUUCUCGGGGCCUAGAGCUGAUCCGCUUCUGGCGCAGAAAUAAGUGUGCUCCUUGUCAUUAGAUAAUGUUCAGUUUAUACGACCCCUGGAAACCUUCCCCUUGCCGCUGUAAGUGGGAUAUAAUCGUGCUCGAUGCUGCGGUUGCGAUGGUUGGAUCUGGAUUUCCGAAUCAACAUUCUUUGAUGAGUCUAGGUGAGCCUUCGGAUCAAGAUGGCCUGAAUCUAUAAUCUUAGGGACAAACCCUGAGGAAUUCCGAUAUCCAUGCACGGGAG